AUGCUGACCCGAUAUCUUCUUGCUUUUGGUAGACGAGUUUGGUCGCUACGAGGCCGAGGCUGUUGGUGUAACCUCUCACUAUAUGCCGGUUUUGUUGUGAACCAGAUUCUUGCGUUCAUGAACGAGGGUAAUAGACUUGCCGAAAAAGGAGAAGCGUGGCCAUUCUUGGAUGAAAUUCACACUUGCAAUCACAUUGGGCUUUUGGCGGAUCUCAUAGCUCACGGAGUGUUUUCAGGAAACCAAUACAUUCGAACAUUCGUCUGUUGCCGCUUGCAACCCUUAUCGACUGCGUAUAGGCGAAACGACAAGUCUACCAGGAGCAAAUCAACAAUCUACAAGUACAUCCUCUUCCUGAUAAAAUGUCUGGGAUUUCGGUGUACUCAAGCCGAAGAUGAACAGGUGAUUCUCAAUCUCAUAAUAGAACUCUACUAUUUAGGCGUAUAUCAAAAUGGCCGAGAGCCAAAUAAGUAA